GUAGACAUAAGAAAGUCCAUUUAAUGGUUAAGCCUUAUGAAUGUGAUGUUUGUCAUAAAAAGUUUUCAUACAAUUCUUAUCUAAGCGAACACAAAAAAGUCCAUUUAAUGGUUAAGCCUUAUGAAUGUGAUGUUUGUCAUAAAAAGUUUUCAAACAGUUCUACUCUAAGCAUACACAUAAAAAUUCAUUUAGGGGUUAAGCCUUAUGAAUGUGAUGUUUGUCAUAAAAAGUUUUCAUGCAGUUCUACUCUAAACAAACACAAAAAAAUUCAUUUAGUAGUUAAGCCCUAUGAAUGUGAUGUUUGUCAUAAAACGUUUUCAUACAGUUGUAAUUUUAAUGCACACAAAAGAGUUCAUUUAGGAGUUAAACCAUAUGAAUGUGAUCUUUGUCACAAAAAGUUUUCACACAGUUCUACUCUAAGCAAACACAUAAAAAUUCAUUUAGGGGUUAAGCCUUAUGAAUGUGAUGUUUGUCAUAUAAAGUUUUCAUGCAGUUCUACUCUAAACAAACACAAAAAAAUUCAUUUAGUAGUUAAGCCCUAUGAAUGUGAUGUUUGUCAUAAAACGUUUUCAUACAGUUGUUAUUUUAAUGCACACAAAAGAGUUCAUUUAGGAGUUAAACCAUAUGAAUGUGAUCUCUGUCAUAAAAAGUUUUCAUUCAGUUCUAGGUUAAAUAAACAUAAAAAAGUCCAUUCAGGAGAUAAGCCACAUGAAUGUGAUGUUUGUCAUAAAAGGUUUUCAGACAGUUCUAAUUUUAUUGCACACAAAAAAAUUCAUUCAGGAGUUAAACCAUAUGAAUGUGAUCUCUGUCAUAAAAAGUUUUCAGACAGUUCUACUCUAAGAAAUCACAAAACAAUUCAUUUAGUAGUUAAGCCUUAUGAAUGUGAUGUUUGUCAUAAAAAGUUUUCAAACAGUUCUAAUUUUAAUGCACACAAAAAAAUUCAUUCAGGAGUUAAACCAUAUGAAUGUGAUCUCUGUCAUAAAAAGUUUUCAUUCAGUAAUAGGUUAAAUAAACAUAAAAAAGUCCAUUCAGGAGAUAAGCCACAUGAAUGUGAUGUUUGUCAUAAAAGGUUUUCAGACAGUUCUACUCUAAGCAAACACAAAAUAAUUCAUUCAGGAGUUAAACCAUAUGAAUGUGAUUUUUGUCAUAAAUUUUUUUCAUACAGUUCUAAUCUAAGCACACACAAAAAAAUUCAUUUAGAGGUUAAGCCUUAUGAAUGUGAUGUUUGUCAUAAAAAGUUUUCGACCACUUCUAAUUUCAUAAAACACAAAACAAUUCAUUUAGGGGUUAAGCCUUGUGAAUGUGAUGUUUGUCACAAAAGGUAUUCAAAUAGUUCUGCUCUAAGCAAACACAAAAAAAUUCAUUUAGUGUUUAAGCCUUAUGAAUGUGAUCUUUGUCAUAUAGGAUUUUCACAUAGUUCUGGUUUAAGUAGGCACAAAAAAAAUCAUUCAGGAGAUAAGUUCUAUAAAUCUGAUGUUGGUCAUGAAAACUUUAUUGAGAAGAGUGUAUGAUAAUAUUUUUUAAAUUGUUGAAGCACCAACAGUCCUCUACUGUCAUUACAAAAAAGGGCAAUAAAACUGGUUACUGGCUUGUCUAGUAGCCUGGAUUCUUUUGUUACAACUAAUAUACUUCCAUUAAAUAAAAAGAUAAUAUAUACUAAAGAAUUUUUUUUAAUAUAAAAUAUUCCAGGGAACAGCCCCCUCUUACUUAUCAGACCUUUUUUCUUUUAACACAAAAUUAAAUCUUCGUCUUAGUUUACUGAUACCCUAUACAACUUUUUUCCAAAAACAUAGCUUCGCCUACUGUUUCUAAUUUGUGGAACAACCUUCCUAAUAAAAUAAAACUUUCUAGAUAUGAAAAUAUAUUCAAAACUUAACUAAAACACAAUUAUUUAAUGACCUCUUCAUUGCAACACUUCUCAUUCAUCUAUUAAUAUGUUCUUAUUUUAUCUCAUUUUGAAUUAUAACUAUAGUAAUAUUAUUUCAUUAUUCCACAUUUUUUAGUGCUUUGUUACUACCUCUUUAUUACACAAUUGCUUUUUUAAAUGCUGUUAUUACGUUGUUGUGUUGUUUGUUUAUUUUAAAACGGCCAAUGUGAAAAAAAGGCCUCUGUGCCUACUAUUGUUACUGUUAUUGAAUUCAUGAUCUGUAUAUAUUAAUAAUAGGAAGGAUAGCAUGUUUUAGUUCUACUUCCAAGUCACUUGUAUAUAUUUUUGUAUGUAUGCAAAUACAGCUAAAUUGAUGUUUAUUGCAUACAUUUAAAUGAAAAUAAAAGAUAAUAGCAGACUAUUAUUAAUAAAUUAUUAUAGUAAAAUUUCCCAAUUUAGACCAUCCUUGUAGCUGAACAUUUAUAGUUAUCUUUUCUUUGGUCUCAGUCUGAGAAGUGUAAGUGGGGUCAUUUCCUAAAACAACUAUCAGUUUCUAAUGCUUGACACUAUCCCACUUUCUUUUCUAUUUGCAAACAGUAACACCACACACAAGUUACAAAUUAAAAGGUAAUAAAGAUAAAGCUGUAAUUGUUAUGUUCUGACAUUUUGGUAUCCUAUUUCUAGCAUAACUUAUGUUUUGUUGUGUUUACUUUUGUUUUCUUUAUUUUUAAAAACACUUUAAUGAAAAUGUUGUUGUAGUCAAAUGCUACGGGAUUGUAACAUAAAAUAAAAUUUUCUA